AGGCUGCAGGGGCGGGCCGGUGCUGUCCCCUUUCCGGCCGGUCCCCAUGGAGGCGCUGGGGAAGCUGAAGCAGUUCGAUGCCUAUCCCAAGACUCUGGAGGACUUCCGGGUCAAGACCUGCGGGGGCGCCACGGUGACCAUUGUCAGUGGCCUUCUCAUGCUGUUACUGUUUCUGUCCGAGCUGCAGUAUUACCUCACCACGGAGGUGCACCCGGAGCUCUACGUGGACAAGUCACGGGGAGACAAACUGAAGAUCAACAUCGACGUGCUUUUCCCGCACAUGCCUUGUGCCUAUCUGAGCAUCGAUGCCAUGGAUGUGGCUGGGGAGCAGCAGCUGGACGUGGAACACAACCUGUUCAAGAAACGACUGGACAAGGAUGGCGUCCCCGUGAGCUCCGAGGCCGAGCGGCAUGAACUCGGCAAGGUCGAGGUGACGGUGUUCAACCCGGACUCCCUGGACCCUGACCGCUGUGAGAGCUGCUAUGGUGCCGAGUCGGAAGACAUCAAGUGCUGCAACACGUGCGAAGAUGUGCGGGAGGCGUAUCGCCGUCGAGGCUGGGCCUUCAAGAACCCAGACACAAUUGAGCAGUGCCGGAGAGAGGGCUUCAGCCAGAAGAUGCAGGAACAGAAGAAUGAAGGCUGCCAAGUGUACGGCUUCUUGGAAGUCAACAAGGUGGCCGGGAACUUCCACUUUGCCCCUGGGAAGAGCUUCCAGCAGUCCCAUGUACACGUCCACGACCUUCAGAGCUUCGGCCUCGACAACAUCAACAUGACCCACUACAUCCAGCACCUGUCGUUCGGCGAGGACUACCCGGGCAUUGUGAACCCCCUGGACCACACCAAUGUCACGGCGCCACAAGCCUCCAUGAUGUUCCAGUAUUUUGUGAAGGUCGUCCCCACCGUGUACAUGAAGGUGGACGGAGAGGUGCUCAGGACAAAUCAGUUCUCUGUGACCAGACAUGAGAAGGUCGCCAACGGGCUGCUGGGCGACCAGGGACUUCCUGGAGUCUUUGUACUGUACGAGCUCUCGCCCAUGAUGGUGAAGCUGACAGAGAAGCACAGGUCGUUCACCCACUUCCUGACAGGCGUGUGCGCCAUCAUCGGGGGCAUGUUCACAGUGGCUGGACUUAUCGAUUCACUCAUCUACCACUCGGCACGAGCCAUCCAGAAGAAAAUCGAUCUAGGCAAGACGACGUAGUCACCCCUCCCCUCGGUCGGUCCCGCUCACCUGUUGCUCUCGGCCUGUGGUUGUGUCCCCAGCCUCCUCCAUCACACCCCUCACUUCCUCGGAGACUCAGUCCCACCCCAGGUUGAUAAAUCUAUGGAUUGUGAUAGUACCUGCUGUCCUCUGGUUCUUGGGUCUGGCUGGCGUCUGGCACCGACCCCCUCAGCUCAGUCACUUGCUGAAGCAUGGCUGACGGGCCCGGGUGGCCUCUGGAGCCUCCUGCGGGCCUCCCCUGGCGACCAGACAGACAUCCGCCCCACAGCCCUGUCCUCGUCCUGCCUCUGCUCUGGUCUUCAGGCCUUUCGGGGUCAGCCUCAGGUCUCAGAUGGACCUUCCUAGGGGGAGCUUUCUGGAGCCACCAUGGCCCCCAGGGCCAGCACCCUAAGUACCGGUUGGGGCUUGUCACCUCUUUAGGGACAGCUCAAGCUCAGGUUGCUCCCUGCCACCCUGGGCCACCUGAGCCUCCUGCUUGCUGACCCUGCCCGGUGCGAAGCCCCAGGCUGGCUCCCGGUAGAGUCCAUGCAGGGCCUUGGAGUAUCUUUGACAGAAGCAGAAACCACAAGCAGUGGCCACCCUGGAGCAGAGCCACCAGCAGACCCCUGCUCGGGACCUCCCAUGAGAGCCCCCCCUGCUGGGGGGAACCAAGGCCCAGAGGCCUCUCCGCUGCCCGGGGAUCCAGGGACUGUAGCAGCCGCUCAGGUGGCCAGAUCCUGCCGCAGGGCAUUCCCAUGUAAGGCCACAAGGGGGCAGCAGCGGGGACAGAAGCCAAGGAUAACAAAACCUCUGCAGUGCAACCUGAGGUCCAGUCACACAGGAGCCAAGUGGCCUUGGCCAUGUGAUAUAAUCUCCUCCGAGGAUCUCAGGAUCCCGAACUUCCUCUGGGGCCCCCCUGUCCACCCACAGGCCACGUGGGGGUAGGCCCCACCCUGGCCACGUGAGCCAGUGCAAGCCAGGCUCUGAGAGGAGCAGGCAGGCUCCCUUCCCGUGUGGCUGUGGUGGGGCGAGCUUGCUGCGGGUCCAAGGCCUGCAGGUGUCCCCGAGGGGACAGCAGGGCUGAACCAGAGGCAGCAUUGCUGGUUUGGGUGGCAGUGUCUGAACCCUGAAGCCAGCGAGCCAGGCUCUGGGACUUGCAGGAGCACAAGCCAAUAAAUUCCCUUCUUGCUGC